AUGGAUGCUGUUAGCUGGCCCAACUCAGGUCUUCAGUUCACAUCGGUCUCGUUAGACUCAGCACCCCUCUCACCCGCAGAACGCCGUCACCGCCUCUUAUAUCCACAAGAUCCCCACUGUCCUCCAUCUGACCACCACACCUUCGUCCUUAUUGAUACCCUCCUCGUCAACGUCCUUGUCAACGUCCCCGUCAACGUCCCCGUCAACGUCCUCGUCAACGUACUCGUCUUCGCCUCCGCGACAGCAAUCUGCCACAACCGCGUGGUGUCUUAA